AUGACAAAGGUUGUGAAAAAAGGGGGUAAAGAAGUCCUGCUUCGAGACGCGGACGACGAUUUCUCCUACUUGAGUCUGGUUGACGAGGUUGAUCUCCUUCCUGAAGACUAUUUGAAGCAGGAGCACUUUCAGCACAAUGUUUAUCAUUUACAAACGGGCGAUCGAGUUAGCAUCGGGUUCGUCCUAAAGACUGUCGCAUUGAAAAUGGCAGAGGUGGCCAAUUCUGAGUUCAGCUCUACUUUCGAUAUGGUUGAAGCAGAAUCCGCGUUGAUUUUCAAAUCAAAAACAUACCAUGGUCGAAACGAGUCGUUGUUGACUCUUGCUCGCGUGCUUAAGGAAAAAAAAGCUUUUGAGUGCCUUUUAGGCUGGAGAAAUGAAUUUUAUACCAUCUACGUUGAUAGAGCCCCAUACGUUUUGGUGGAGCGAGCUCUCUCGGGCUUAUUGGGUGUGAUCACCUACGGAGUGCACGUUAACGGGUUCGUGAAGAAUCCUUCGACGGGUGAAAUUAAAUUUUGGAUCCCCCGAAGAUCUGCUUCGAAACCAACAUGGCCUCUCAAGCUGGAUAAUAUUGUCGCUGGAGGCUUGGGCUAUCCAAAUGGCAUUUUCGAGACGGUUAUUAAAGAAAGUCUUGAGGAAGCCAACCUGGAACAACAGCUCAUUGAAAAACAUAUAAAAGCUGUGGGUGCGGUAUCAUACUUUUAUUUUCAGGGUGACAUUGAAGGGGACAAAUUUCAAAGCGAGUCGUCACUCAUAACAGGAGAGGUGGAGUUCUUAUUUGACUUGGAGUUGCCUCCGGAUGUGGUUCCUUGUCCUAACGACGGUGAGGUUGACAGCUUUCAAUUGAUGACCUUACAGCAAACUAUCAAGGCGCUCAGAAAUAAAGAGUUCAAGCCUAAUUGUGGCCUCAUAAUGUUAGAGUUUUUAAUGAGGCACGGCUACAUCAACUCAGAAAACGAACCCAAUUAUGGAGAAAUCAUUUCCCGCGUCCACCGUAGGCUUCCUUUCCCAACUUUAAACUAA